CAAGAAAUGACCAUGAGUGAGAGAGAGAGAGCAUUUAAUGCAUUCUGCAACUUCUUGGCGUACACAGCAUUUGCCUGUUUACCUGACUGACCGACCGACUGACUGACAUUUGUAUGUUCUCCACUCCCUACCUACAUUCCCUGCUUCCUUCACUUCCUCACUCUUUUUAUCUUUAGCAAGUCUUCUUCACUCUCUCUUCCUAUCAGCUUUCCUGCUCUUCUGAUUCAUUCUCUUUAAAUUGAUUGCCCUUUCCCUUUCAUUUGCUCACAACUCUUGAAAAUUUCCUUAUACAAUCUUUUCUGAGUCCAGCUACCAAUGAACUCACCACUCCACCAAGAAUCUGUAGAGAAUGGAAGUCCUAAGCAGGUAAUACCAAUUCCCCUGUUUUCUGAAUUUGGCCAUUUUAAUUCUUCCAUUUGUAAGAGUCACUCCACCAAUAACCAAAAGGGUUCACUACAAUUUGCUGAGAAUGACUUGUCAUUGUCCACAGCAUUGACGGAGGUCGGUGAAUGACCCACUGUUAGAUUUUCUAGUGGAAAGCCGAAGAUAAAGUGUGUAGCUUUUUUUUGUUCUAUGGCAAAUUUUGCUGCAAGGACACAGCUUGCAUCAAUAAUAUUAGUAGGACAAGAAUGUGAUGAUGCAUUUUUGGUGCCUUAGAAUUGGGGAUGGGGCAUUAUGUAUGUUCUGAGUGGUAUUAUGACCAUUCUGCCUUUCCAAAAAUGCAAGCUUUGCAAAUAGAGUGUUUUUUGCCAGUUCAGCUGAAGUUGUCAAUAUAAGUGAAGUCAAGGCUGAAUGAGUGAGGCCGGAUAUUAUGGUUUUUUCAUAGUACAUUAUAUGGCUGAACUUGGAGAAGGCAUCAUGCAUUUCUGCACUCACAUUGGCUUAUCAGAGCCUUGGAGUUGUUUAUGGUGAUCUCAGUACUUCUCCUCUCUAUGUUUACAAGACCACAUUUUCUGGAAAGCUUAGGGUUCAUGAGGAUGAUGAGGAGAUUUAUGGGGUGCUGUCCUUCAUCUUCUGGACGUUUACCCUUAUUGCUCUUUGCAAAUACAUAAUCAUUGUCAUGUCUGCUGAUGAUAAUGGAGAAGGAGGCACUUUUGCAUUAUACUCUCUACUGUGCAGACAUGCAAGACUUAGUAUUCUUCCCAAUCAACAGGAUUCGGAUAAGAAAUUGUCCUCUUACGCAACAGAAGGGUCAGCAGACACUUGGGAUAGCGCUUUUUUGAAGUCUUUUGCUGAGAAGCACCAAAAGUUUCGGAAUAUACUCUUGAUCUUUGUUCUUCUGGGGACUUGUAUGGCCAUUGGUGAUGGCAUAUUUACUCCUGCAAUAUCAGUUCUUUCAGCUGUUUCGGGCGUUAAAAUUAAAGCCUCAGAACUUCAUGAGAAUUAUGUUGUGGUGAUCUCCUGCGUCAUUCUGGUGGUACUAUUUUAUAUUCAACAUCAUGGAACAAGUAGGGUUGCUUUUUUAUUUGCUCCAAUUGUUAUAGCAUGGCUGCUCUGCAUCAGCAGCAUUGGUAUGUAUAACAUAAUCAGGUGGAACCCACACAUAUAUCAAGCUCUAUCUCCAAUUUACAUGUUGAAAUUUCUAAAAGAAACAGGCUGGGAAGGUUGGGUGUCUUUAGGAGGAGUAGUUCUCUCAAUUACAGGCGUGGAGACAAUGUUUGCUGUCCUGGGCCAUUUUUCGGCAUUGUCAAUUAAGGUGGCUUUUAUAUUUCUCGUAUAUCCAUGUCUGAUUCUUGCAUAUUUGGGUGAGGCUGCAUAUCUCUCUCAGCAUCAUCACGAUAUUGAAAGCAGCUUCUACAAGGCCAUACCAGAACCCGUAUUUUGGCCAGUGUUUAUAGUGGCCACAUUAGCAGCAGUUGUGGGAAGUCAAGCAGUAAUAUCUGCUACCUUCUCCAUUGUAAGCCAGAGCUGUGCGUUACAUUGUUUUCCGCGUGUGAAGAUUGUCCAUACAUCAAGUAAAAUAUAUGGUCAGAUCUACAUUCCGGAAAUCAAUUGGAUAUUAAUGUGCCUAUGUUUAAUUGUGACAAUCAUAUUGAGAGACACAAACAGGAUCGGACAUGCUUAUGGACUAUCGGUAACAUCUGUUAUGUUUGUAACAACAUGUUUGAUGACCCUGGUGAUGGUAAUAGUAUGGAAGCAAAAGGCUGUAGUGGCUGCUUCCUUCUUAGUAAUUUUUGGGUCGAUAGAGCUCCUGUACCUGUCAGCAGUCUUCUUUAAGGUCCUGGAUGGUGGUUGGAUUUCACUACUUCUGUCGUGGACUCUCAUGGCCACAAUGUUCAUCUGGAACUAUGGAUCCCUCAAGAAGCACCAGUUUGAUUUGGAGAACAAGGUUUCAAUGGACAGGAUAUUGUCUUCAGGACCUAGUCUCGGAAUGGUUCGAGUUCCUGGAAUUGGGCUUAUUUACACCAAUCUAGUGACAGGCAUACCAGCCAUUUUUGGGCACUUUGUGACAAACUUGCCUGCUUUUCAUGAAGUGCUAGUUUUUGUAUGCGUAAAGUCUGUUCAAGUUCCCUAUAUCAGCGAGAAGGAACGGUUUCUAGUAACCAGGAUAUAUCCAGAAGACUAUGGUAUGUACAGGUGCGUCAUCAGAUAUGGCUACAAAGACCUACAACAGGAAAACUAUGAUUUUGAGAACAGACUGGUGUCUGAAAUUGUCAACUUCAUAGAAACGAAAGGAGAAAAUGAGCCAACACUAAGGAUGCAAAUUUGCACAUGUUCUGGAAACUCUGAUGAUGAAGCCGUCGAUGUUUCUGAGCAGAUACUCUCCUAUCCAAAUCAGGGAGAGACAACGAUGCAGUCUAAAAAUGUCGGAGUGUUGAUUUCACAAGAUGGACAUUGCAAAAGACCUCACCUGAAGGACGAAUCACUACACAUACUGAGAGCGAGGGAAGCUGGCAUGGCUUACAUCCUGGGGCAUUCUUAUGCCAGGGCAAAGAAAUCAUCUUCGAUUUUCAAGAAAGUAGCCAUUAACGUAAUUUAUGCUUUCUUAAGCAGGAAUACUAGGCGACCUGAGGUGGUGCUGAAUGUGCCUCCUACAUCAUUGUUGGAAGUGGGUAUGAUUUACUAUGUCUAAUUUCUGACAGAAUCUGCAGAGAGAAGCGUCAGGAUAUGCUACAUUGCGACUGUGCUGCUGACUUUUGUGAUGGAAGCUGGUGAACAAAAUGUUACCCAAGUUGAAGUUUCCUCAUCUAUGAGCUUCAGGUUAAAAAUUUAGCACUGCUAAAUGUACUCUGUAUAUACAAGUGCCAGAACAUGAUCAAAAAGCAGUAGAUAUACAUUUGAAUACACAAAUUUUCGUAUCUUUUUGAGUUUGACCACUGAUUGUCAAAAAAGAAAUACAACUGAUAAUUCUCGUCA